UGUCAUUGUUGGUUGCAUCGAUAGUUAUGCGACCAGACAAUCUCUAAACUUAGUCAUAACCUGAUCCUAUCAAUCACCAUGUCGCUCCCUGCAGGCCAGGGGAUUCUCCAGCUCCAACUCCUGGCCUCCAAACCGGAACGCAUCUACCAUGCCCGUCGAGCCCACCGGAAGUCCCGUGCCGGAUGCGCCAAGUGUAAACAACGACGAGUCAAGUGUGAUGAAUCCAAGCCCCACUGUGUCCGCUGCCAGAAACUCCAUCUGGACUGUAGCUAUGAGCCCAUCAACACCAACCCCGAGCAAGCCGUGACGCGGUUUCUGACCAGCUCGCCGGACUCGCGAGCAUACAGCAUGGGGCUGGACGCUGUAGGCGCGCAGAUCCACAAGCUUUUGCAGUUACCGGCAGGGGCGUCGCCGUCGGUGCGCGUGCAGGCCCUGCACCACUUCUACGAGCUUUCCGACCCGGCCUUGGGACCACACGCCGUGCAAGCCGAUAUGCAGAGACAGGUGAUCCAGCAGGGUUUCGAGUCACCCUUCCUGAUGCACGCGAUCAUCGCUUCUGCAACCUCCCACCUCCGCUCCACCACGACGCCAGACCAAACCCUCCACCAUUCCCGCGCAGCAACCGAAGCCUACCACUGGCACCACGCAAUCACAGGCUACGCAGCGGAGCUUCCGCGCAUCGGCCCGCAGAACAUGGACGGGCUCUUCUCCGCCUGCCUACUUCUAACCCUCCGCUCCUUUGAACUAGAGCACUACGACCCUCUCUCCUCCUUCGUCUUCUCUUCCGACCCCUCCGCCCUCAACUGGUUGACACUGCAGGUCGGCCUCCGCCGCCUCCUGGAAGCUACCGUCCCCUGGCAGACGCAGAGUAUGUGGUGGGACGUCUUCAUGGAGUCCGCUGCAAAGCACUGGGCCAUCUUCGAGGAUCAUCCUCCUUCCGGUCUCAGCUUGGAGGGGCUAGACCCCCGGUUGGCAGAGCUGUGCGGCAUCGAUGAGCGGACCUCCGCGGAAGGUAAUGUGUAUUAUGAGCCUGUCCGGAUGCUGAGUGGCUUGCUCCGGCUGCAGCCGCGCGGGAUUAGGUCUUUGGUUGCGUAUACCGGGUGGAUGGGCCGGUUGGAGCAGGGGUUCUUUGAUUGUUUGUUGAGGAAGGAGCCUCCUGCUCUUGUGGUUUUGAGGGCUUGGUUGGAGUUGUUGGGGACUGCGGAGUUGUGGUGGCUAGGGAAUAGGGUUAGGUCUGAGGUGCAGGCUAUCACUUGGUUUUUGGAGGGUUUGGGGUUGUGACUGCUUGCUGAGUGC